AUGUCUGCGGAUGGUUUGUCGGGUUUCGAUGUCGAAGUAAACAUGAAAGACAUGACAGCAGAAGAAAUACAAAAUAUGGAAUUUGAAUCUAUAGAAAAAGCAGAGGAAUUUUAUGUAGAAUAUGCAAGGUGUCUUGGGUUUUCCGCUAGAAAAGAUGUAAGGCGAGUCACCGGUGAAGGUGUUGUACAUACACGCCAGAUGGUUUGUUCUAGGCAGGGUGAGAGAGCUAAAAAAAAUAUUGAGCGCACUGAACGUUCGAGACAACCCAGGGGAUUGUCACGAACAUCUUGUGUAGCUAUGAUUCGAUUUCACCUUAAUAACAGUAGUGGUACUUAUGGUGUUGCCUGCUUUGUGCCCGUUCACAACCAUCCUUUAACUCCAUCCACACAUGUUCACCUGAUCCCCAAGUAUCGUGGAUUGAAUGAAGCCGAUAAGAAUUUCGUAGAUGGGUUGCAUUCGAGUGGGAAGGCAAAAAUGGAGGAUGUUGGCGACACGUAUUCUGCUUUGUGUGAUAUCCAGACAAGAACAGAAAAUGACCACCUUUUUAUUAACAAAUACGACAGGCCACUCGUUGUUUUUUGUGGUUACAAUCACCACAAGGAAACUACAGUUUUUGCCUGUGCCUUAAUUGUCAACGAAAAAACUGAGACAUACAAGUGGUUGUUAGAGACAUUCUUAGAUGCGAUGUAUCAAAAGCAUCCGCUUCGGGUGGUGACUGAUGGAGACAAUGCUAUGAGAGAAGCAAUUAAAUGUGUAUUUCCGAAUAAAAGAAGCACUCUAGUUGAUUUUGUAAGGGAUUUUCAUAGAGCUUUAGCAGAGUACAGAAACUAG